AUGAGUGGAGUUGGCGGCCAAGGGCCUCGAAUCGCACAGGAUGUGAUCGUCGAGACUACAUUUCGAACUAUUUCCACACCUUCCGGCUACACCAAGCCAUUUCAGGUCUCAGCAGGCCUGGUACCCAAUGGCACCUUCCCUGCCAAUCUCAUGAUAGGCAGGACCGUUUUCUAUACUUGGUGCUUCCAAUUCGGCAAUGGAUCAAUCACUCUGACCAACUACCUAUCGUCUCCAAUACUCAAGCCGAUACCACAAGACCGAGCGCACCUCUUUUCAGAGCCUGCGUACAAGGCAGACGAGCCCGUCAGAGAAGGACCAGCCAAGGAGAUCAAAGUCAAAUGGAGUCACAACACCCCCACAGACAACGCCAGAUCAACGAAUACCUGGCGUCAUACGAGAGGGAUUUUCCUGGCUUAUUUGACCCUGCCAAACGACGUACCGACGUUCUCUCAAAGACUGUACACACAAUCGAUACAGGAGACUCUCUACCAGUGA